AUGACUUCUCCCACGUCAACUACGCUCUUCCACAUUCCUACCAACCGGAUAUCUUCAGUGACCAACGGGAAGGGCAUCACUCGCAGACGCCGGACGCUCACCAGCCCUUCUAGCAGCCAUAUACUACAGACCAUCGAGGAGAGGAAGCUAUGCAGGCUCGGGAGGACGCCUUCUUUGCUGCAUCGCUGCAAGCACCUUGUGGUCCGGCAUACAUGGACCGUCCCGCUUGUUCCUCUGCUCGCCAUUCUCUUCUUGUACGGCGUUAAUCCCACUGAAUCUAACGUCUUUCAUCGUUUUAUAUUCCUCUCCUACAAACAGCAGCGGUCAGACCCCACGAAACCUGUACAAUAUGCCAAGGGUCCAUGGGACAUCGCACUCGUUACCUUUUAUACCAUCGUCCUCUCGGUUGCUCGAGAGUUUGUCAUGCAAGAGUUACUACGGCCCUUGGCUAUCUUCUGCGGCCUGAAAUCGCGGGGUAAGCGGCUCCGAUUCAUGGAACAGACCUAUACCGCCCUCUACUUUGGCAUAAUGGGGCCGGCAGGGCUCUAUGUGAUGAGCACUUCGCCAGUCUGGUACUUCAAUACCCGUGGAAUGUAUGAGGCUGCCCCUCAUCUGACGCUCGACGCUGGCUUCAAGUUCUACUACUUGUUCCAGGCGGCCUAUUGGGCGCAGCAGGCGGUAGUCAUGCUGCUCGGGAUGGAGAAGAGGCGAAAGGACUUUAGGGAGCUCGUAACGCAUCACAUCGUUACUCUAGUUCUUAUCUCCCUAAGCUACCGUUUUCAUUUCACUUAUGUCGGAAUCGCGGUCUACAUAACCCAUGACAUCAGUGAUUUCUUCCUUGCUUCAUCCAAGUCACUCAACUACAUCGACAGCCCUCUGGUAGGGCCUUUCGUCGGUGCCACUAUCGCUACCUGGAUCUACAUGCGCAACUACUUGAAUUUACGCAUCAUCUUCUCCCUUUUCAACGAGUUUGAUACCGUUGGCCCCACCGAGCUUGACUGGGAAGCAGGCCAGUUCAAGUGUCUCUACACCAAGUUCUUCUUCCUGUUCCUGCUGGGUUCGCUCCAGGCUCUCAACCUCUUCUGGCUCUUCUUGCUUGUGCGCAUCGCCUACCGCUUUGUGGUGCACAACAUCGCAAAGGACGAGAGAUCCGAAGCCGAAGAGUCUGAGAUCGAAGAGAUGAAGGCCAAGGAGGCUAAGGUAGCCCGAUCAUCUGCUAUAAUACAGCCUUCCAGCCUGAAGCCUGUUUCAUGA